GGGUGAGAGCUCAUUUUCUGUUUGCACAAUUGCCUGGCUCCUCUGGCCAAAGGGUGCUCUGCUUCUGGCAGCUGAGGAUCCCAGUAGACAGCUUCUUAAACCAUGGCUUUCCCUGUGGGAUUUGGAUGGGCGGCAGCUACUGCAGCUUAUCAAGUAGAAGGAGGCUGGGAUGCAGAUGGAAAAGGCCCUUGUGUCUGGGACACAUUUACUCAUCAGGGAGGAGAGAGAGUUUUCAAGAACCAGACUGGCGAUGUAGCUUGUGGCAGCUACACUCUGUGGGAGGAAGAUUUGAAAUGUAUCAAACAGCUUGGAUUGACUCAUUACCGCUUCUCUCUUUCCUGGUCACGUCUGUUACCUGAUGGGACGACAGGUUUCAUCAACCAGAAAGGAAUUGAUUAUUACAACAAGAUCAUCGAUGAUUUGUUAAAAAAUGGGGUUACUCCCAUUGUGACACUCUACCACUUUGAUUUGCCUCAGGCUUUAGAAGACCAAGGAGGCUGGUUGUCAGAGGCAAUCAUUGAAUCCUUUGACAAAUAUGCUCAGUUUUGCUUCAGUACCUUUGGGGAUCGUGUCAAGCAGUGGAUCACCAUAAAUGAAGCUAAUGUUCUUUCUGUGAUGUCAUAUGACUUAGGUAUGUUUCCUCCGGGUAUCCCUCACUUUGGAACUGGAGGUUAUCAGGCAGCUCAUAAUUUGAUUAAGGCUCAUGCCAGAUCCUGGCACAGCUAUGAUUCCUUAUUUCGAAAAGAGCAGAAAGGUAUGGUGUCCCUAUCACUUUUUGCGGUCUGGUUGGAACCAGCAGAUCCCAACUCAGUGUCUGACCAGGAAGCUGCUAAAAGAGCCAUCACUUUCCAUCUGGAUUUAUUUGCUAAACCCAUAUUCAUCGAUGGUGAUUAUCCUGAAGUUGUCAAGUCUCAGAUUGCCUCCAUGAGUCAAAAGCAAGGCUAUCCAUCAUCGAGGCUUCCAGAAUUCACUGAAGAAGAGAAGAAAAUGAUCAAAGGCACUGCUGAUUUUUUUGCUGUGCAGUAUUAUACAACUCGCUUAAUCAAGUACCAGGAGAACAAGAAAGGAGAACUAGGUGUUCUCCAGGAUGCGGAAAUUGAAUUUUUUCCAGAUCCAUCUUGGAAAAAUGUGGAUUGGAUCUAUGUGGUACCAUGGGGAGUACGUAAACUACUGAAAUAUAUUAAGGAUACAUAUAAUAACCCUGUAAUUUAUAUCACUGAGAAUGGGUUUCCCCAGAGUGACCCAGCGCCUCUUGAUGACACUCAACGCUGGGAGUAUUUCAGACAAACAUUUCAGGAACUGUUCAGAGCUAUCCAAGUUGAUAAAGUCAAUCUUCAAGUAUAUUGUGCAUGGUCUCUUCUGGAUAACUUUGAGUGGAACCAGGGAUACAGCAGCCGGUUUGGUCUCUUCCAUGUUGAUUUUGAAGACCCAGCUAGACCCCGAGUCCCUUACACAUCGGCCAAGGAAUAUGCCAAGAUCAUCCGAAACAAUGGCCUUGAAGCACAUCUAUAGGCAAGAUGGAUGAGAAAUACAAGAGAGGCAUCUGCUUUUGGAAAGGAAAUCUGCUUUGGUGAUGAUCUUUCAGGCAAUCUCAACUUACUUCUGUAAUCAACAUUUAAUAUCAGUGGAGCUGUGAUUAUAAAGUCUGAAUAUGUAAUGCCUCAUGAUGUAUUUAAUAAUGGCCUUUAUUUGUAUUUGGAUCAAUGAGGUUUUUAAAAAAAAUGGAGGAGAAAACCACUAACCUUGAUUUUUAUAUUGUAAAAUCAGAUAGACCUGGAAACAUGAAUUUAAAUCCUUAGAUACUUUUCUGGAAAAAAAAGCAAAGUUUAUUAAGAUAAUAUAACCACAAUUUGCAACUGUAACAGGAGACCAUUUAGUAUAAGAGUACCUGUUUGUGAACUUAAUUAUUCCAAUUCCAUAAGCUGUUUUUGCUUAGGAGAUCCACUGUCAUGUGAUCCAUAAUUUUUCUACAUAAAAAAUCAAAGUUAAAAGUCACAUUAUACAGUUAUACAUUCAUUUCAACAAAAUAGUGAAUUGAUAAUCUAUUUGUUAACAUAUUCAGCCCGUAUUUUGUAUGUUUGGACAAGUACAUCUCCCUUUUGCCUAACAAACUUUUGAAAAAUAAUAAAAUAAUAGAAUAAACUAGACUUUGAAUGGCAGAAAAA